AUGAUGAACCCCCCACGCAACAUUACCUUGCCCCCCCAGGACUUGGCGCAUCCCGCACAUCCCACCUCUUGCCGCCAUUCUUGUUGCCAGCAAGAGUCGCGAGACCAGAAGGCUUAUCAGCCCACCCGAAACUCACAGUAUCCCAGUCCAACUAGCGCCAUGGAGGCGCCAAGGUCUGCGGAUACCUCUCAUGGAUCACUCCCGUCUGGCAGUCCAGUAUCUCCCAACGAGCCCGUGUACAAGUAUGCUUCGGCGUCCUCCAGUGAGGCCUCUCCCCGUGCAGAAUACACCUAUUCUUUGAAGAUCGUACAACAGCCCAUACAUUCCCGCAUGGUAGGAAGUGGAGACAAGGCCGAUCGUCGACCCCUCGAUCCUCCGCCGGUCUUGAAGUUCGAGGUGUCGCAGUCUGCGAACGCGAGUCAGUCGAGUGUAGACCUCACUUUACUACGCUCGCCGUACUUCAUGUGCUACUGCACUUUAUGUGAAGCCACUGCACCCUAUAAAGAACUCUACGGGAUUCCACAUACAAAUAAGUCGUACAUGGUCGGCAGUAUCGUCUCUUCCAUGUUCCAGCUUCGGGCGGGCAAAAAGACCAGCGGAAUAACCGAGGGACAUUACUUUGUCUUUCACGACGUAGGAGUACGCGUUGAGGGAGCCUAUCGCUUCAAGUUCAGUGUAUACGAAAUCGUGGACCGUAAGGUCUAUCUUUGCAAAUCGACCAUGAGCGAAAAAUUUCGAGUCUAUCCGGCCAAGAGCUUCCCGGGCAUGGAUACGUCGACCGACAUCUCGAACCUGUUCGCUUCCCAAGGCAUGAGGAUGAGGGUGAGAACCAAGAACCUAAACGUGCCCGUCUUAAACGAGAAUUUCAAGGCAGUGGCGGCUGGUUCGAAAAAGACACAACGCAAGAGAAGGAUAUCCGAAGACGAUAGUGAGAAGGCCAUCUCCCCACGACAUCCAGUCCAACCUCCCCAGCUGGCGAGUGACAACCAACCUCACUUUUACCCCUUCCCGCCCGCCAUUAAAUCUCUGUCCCCCCCUCAACUCUGUCCAAGGCUGGAAGGAAACAGGAAAAAAAUGAAGCUUCCUUCUGUGGAAGGGUUUCUAAAGGGCGAGAAACCCGAAUCGGUCUCACGAAACUCUCUUUGGUUAAAAGAUCCGCCAAGUAGAUAA